AUGUCAACUGUAUACAACCAGUCAGCAAACGGCUAUUCAGGUGGAGGAGGAGGAGGCGGACCUGGCUACACUGAAAAUCUUCAAUACAACGAACAAAGUGAACAUUUAGACGAAGACGAAUUUGGACGUACCGAAGAAGAAUUUUAUGAAGAUAUGCAGCGAGAAUUAGCUGAUGAUGCACCAUGGAAAAGAAUACAACAAAAUACAUUUACACGUUGGGCUAAUGAACAUUUAAAAUUAGUUAAUCGUCAUAUUGAAGAUCUACAAUCAGAAUUAAGUGAUGGUUUAAAUUUAAUUGCUUUAAUUGAAGUUUUAUCACAAAAAAAAGUUCCACGACAUAAUAAAAAACCAAAUUUUCGCUCACAAAAAUUAGAAAAUGUAUCUGUUGUAUUAGACUUUCUUGAAAAUACCGAACGUAUACGUCUUGUUAAUAUUGAUGCUACACAUAUUGUUGAUGGUAAAUUAAAAUUAAUUCUUGGUUUAAUAUGGACACUAAUUUUACAUUAUUCAAUAUCAUUACCAAUGUGGGAAUUCGAACAAAACGGUGGACCUGGUUCAGGAAAAGAUGCUACACCAAAACAAAAACUUAUGAGUUGGAUUCAAGAAAAAUUACCACCAGAAUUACCAAUUACAAAUUUUACAUCUGAUUGGAAUGAUGGUCGUGCUAUUGGUGCACUUGUUGAUGCAUGUGCGCCAGGACUUUAUCCGGAUUGGAAUGAUCGUGAUCCGAAGAAUGCAUUGGAAAAUGCUAAAGAAGCUAUGGAUUUAGCUGAACAUUGGUUAGGUGUACCACAAUUAAUUCAACCACACGAAAUGAUUAAUCCAAAAGUUGAUGAACAAUCUAUGAUGACAUAUUUAUCACAAUAUCCAAGUGCGAAAUUGAAACCAGGCGCACCUAUUAGACCAAAGACAAAUUCAGCACGAGUUCGAUGCUAUGGAAAAGGUAUUGAACCAAAUGGUAAUCAUGUUGACACACCAGCUAAAUUUCAUGUUGAAACAUUUGCUGCUGGCAAAGGUAAUGUUGAUGUUAUUAUUAUUAAUCCAAAAGGACAACGAGAAAAAUGUGAUGUGGAUUUUCGUAAUGAUAAAAAUCAAACAUAUGAUUGCACAUAUUAUCCAACAAUGGAAGGACAAUAUAAAAUUAUUGUAAAAUUUGCUGGACAAGAAGUACCAAAAUCACCAUUUUCACCUUAUGUCGAAGGAAAAGCAGGUGAUGCAAGUAAAUGUCGAGCACAUGGACCUGGCCUUGAAUCAAAUGAUGUCAUGGUUGAUAAACCAACAUGGUUUGAAAUCGAUGCAGCAGAUGCUGGUAAUGGUCUUGCUGAAGUACUACUUGUUGAUCCACGUAGUCGACAAGAUGUUGUACCUGUAGCAGUUAAACAAACUAGUCCUGGAAAAUUUCGUUGUGAAUAUGUACCACGUGAACCUGGUCUUCAUUCAGUAAAUAUAUUCUUUGGUGGUCGACCUAUACCAAAUAGUCCAUAUGGUGUUAAUGUUUCAUCAUCAUCAAUUUCAUCAUACGAUGAUUUAAGAGAUAGAUUAACAACAAGUGAGGAUGAUUAUUAUUCAUCAAUUGAAUUAGAACGAUCAAAGAGUACAACUAGUGUUGACACAAUAUAUGCUCUAAGAUAUAAAAAUGCAUCUGACGCCAAAAAAUGCCGUGUUUAUGGACGAGGUAUUCAACCAAAAGGUGUUCGUACUGGUGAUGUUGCUGAAUUUCGUGUUGUUACAAAAGAUGCUGGAGAAGGUAUUAUGAAAGCAACAGUAACUGGACCAGAUGAUUCAGAAAUUCCUUGUCGUGUAACAAAAGCAAAUAGUACAACAUAUGAAUGUGGUUAUGUACCAAAUCGUACAGGACAUUAUACAGUUAAUAUAACAUAUGGUGGUGCUCAUGUACCUAAAAGUCCAUUUCCAGUCGAUGUUGGACCAUAUAAAGAUUCUCGAAUACGAGCAUUUGGACCAGGUCUUGAAGGUGGUAUUAUUGGUUUUCCAGCUGAUUUUGUUGUUGAAACAAAUGGUGAAACUGGUUCAUUGGGCUUUUCAAUCGAAGGACCAUCACAAGCACGUAUUGAAUGUAAUGAUAAUGGUGAUGGUUCAGCUAAUGUUCGUUAUUGGCCAACAAUACAAGGUGAAUAUGCUGUGCAUAUUCUUUGUAAUGAUGAAGAUAUACCACAUUCACCAUUUAUGGCAUGGAUUGAAGCACCAGGAAAUUUUGAUUCAACUAAAGUUAAAGCUUAUGGUCCAGGACUUGAACCAUCAGGACAAAUUAUUGAUAAACCAACAGAAUUUACAAUUGAUACACAUAAUGCUGGUGAAGCAGCAUUACGUGUUCAAGCUAUUGAUCAAGAUUAUCAGCCAGUUGAUAUUCAUGUCAAAAAUAAUGGUAACGGUACAUAUACUUGUCGUUAUACACCAAGAAAUCCUAAUCGUCAUUGUAUUUUAAUUGAUUAUGGUGGUGUUGCUAUACCACAUAGUCCAUUUCGAGUUUGGCCAACAGAACCAUCAAAUCCAUCAAAAGUUCGUGUUUAUGGUUCUGGUGUUGAACGUGGUGUUAAAAUGAAUACGUUAACACAAUUUACUGUUGAUUGUAAAGAAGCAGGACCAGGUGAUAUAUCAAUUGCAUUGACUGAUACAAAAAAUCAAGAUGUUCCAUUUACUAUUGAUGACAAUCAAGAUGGAACAUUUACUAUAACUUAUACACCAAAAUUACCUGGUGUACAUUGUAUAAGUGUUCUAUUUGGCGAUAAUGAAAUACCUAUAUCACCAAUUAAAGUUAAUAUUGAACCAAGUGUUGAUGUAAAUAAAAUACGUGUUGAAGGUCUUGAAACAAUGCCUAUUGUUGGACAACCUGCUCAGGUUACAUUAAAUACAUUGUCAGCUGGUCCAUUACCAGCUAAUGCAAUUCAUGCUCGUAUUGUUGGACCAAAAGGUAAUACACAAGAAGCAAUCGUAACACCAGCAGCACAAGGUUAUAAUCUUCGUUUUAAUGUACCUGAACCAGGUAUAUAUAUAAUCGAACCGGAUGUAUGUACAUUACCAUUACAUCCAGUACAAAUCACAGCUAUUGAGCCACUUGAUCCGAGUAAAGUACGUGCCUAUGGACCAGGUCUUUCACAAGGCACAGUUAAUAAACCAGCUGACUUUAUUGUUGAUACACGUGGUGCUGGUAAUGGUCAAUUAGCUGUUACAGUUGAAGGACCAUCAGAAUCAAAAAUAGAUUAUCAAGAUAAUAAUGAUGGUAGUUGUUGUGUAACCUAUCAUCCGACAGUAUCUGGUAAUUACAAUAUCAAUAUAUUAUAUGAAGGAAAACAUAUACCAGAUUCACCAUUUCGUUCGGCUGUACGUGCUGAUCUUGAUACACGUUCUAUUCGUUGUUAUGGACCUGGUCUCGAUUCGAAUGGAGUAUUUCUUGAAAGUCCAACUGACUUUACUGUUGAUGCUAAAUUAGUAACGGGUAGUGGUUCAGGUCGUGUUGAAUGUUUAUUAACAUCACCAAGUGGUCGUGCUGUUCGAUGUCCUGUUAAAAAUAUGUCCGAUGGAACUUAUCUUGUUCAAUAUGCACCUUAUGAACCAGGCAUGCAUCAAUUAGAAGUGACCUAUGAAAAUAUUCCUGUUCCUGGUAGUCCAUUUCAUGUAAGUGCUGUUCCAGGUUGUGAUUCAACACGUGUACGUGCCUAUGGACCUGGCCUUGAAAAUGCAACAACAAAUGAACCAACAACAUUUACAAUUGAAACAAAAAGUGCUGGACAAGGUAGUCUUGGUUUAGCAAUUGAAGGACCAUCCGAAGCUAAAAUGGUUUGUAAAGAUAAUCAAGAUGGUACUUGUAUUAUGGAGUAUUUACCUGCAAAAGCUGGUCAAUAUGAUAUAGCAAUUAAAUUUGCUGAACAUCAUAUUCCAGGCUCACCAUUCCGCGUCAAUGUACGUGAUCGACUUGAUGCUAAUCGUGUUAAUGUUAAAAUGAGUUCAACUAUGCGUGCUAAUGUUUUACAAGAAAUUACAAUCGAUGGACAAACAGCUGGACCAGGCAGUCCAUCAAUUGAUAUUACUGAUAUACAUGGUCGUCGUAAACCGGCUAAUAUUCGACCCAGAGGCGAAGGUGUUUACGUUGCAGAAUUUACUCCACAAGCAGAAGGCCCACAUCGUAUUGAUAUUAAUUGGAGUGAUCAGCCAAUACCUCAAAGUCCAUUUAACAUUCAAGUACUUCCUCAUUUCGAACCAAAUAAAGUUAUUGUUGACGGACCAGGUAUUCGUAACGGUAUAUCAGCAUCACUUGAAACACAUUUUCGUAUUGAUACACGUGACGCUGGUUUUGAACAACCCGACGUUUUAAUUAAAAAUCCUGAAGGUCUUUUAAUUUCAUCAAAAAUCAUUGAUAAUAAAGAUGGAACCUAUAAAAUAAUAUAUAAACCGAAUGAUGUUGGUCGUUAUAUAAUUAAUGUUAAUUAUGGUGGUAUUCCGGUUCAUAAUUCUCCAUUCAACGUGAAAGUGGAACCGACCGGCGAUCCAACGAAAUGCCAUAUUUCGGGCACUGGCAUUAAUCCUAAUGUUCAAGUAGGUGAAGAAUAUACAAUAACUGUUGAUACACAUGAUGCCGGCCCGGGCACAGUAACAUGUCGUAUACGUUCAACACUUGGCAAUGAUCUUGAUAUUGAUAUUGUUGAUAAUGAAGAUGGAACAUAUAAUCUAUUCUAUAUACCACAUAAUCCAGGAAACUAUGUUAUUAAAAUAAAAUUUGGUGGACAAGAUAUUCCAGGUGGUGAUUUUGUCGUAACGGCGGGUGAUACUCAUCAACAAAUUCGAAGAAAAUCAGAAUCUAGUACAACAAGUCUAUAUCGACCUGUCGACUUUCGUUUACCUGUUGGUGGUGGUAAACUUAGUGAUAUUACUGCAUUAAUACGAACACCAACAGGAAAAUUUCAUACCCCACUUAUUGAUGAUAAUGAAGAUGGAACUGUUUCAAUAAAAUAUCAACCAUCAGAAAUUGGUUUACAUGAAUUAGAUGUAUUCUAUCAAGGACAACCAAUAGCUGGUUCACCAUUUAAAUUUCAUGUUGAUCAAGUUCAAACAGGUUAUGUGACAGCAUAUGGACCUGGUCUUAGUCAUGGUGUUUGUAAUGAAUCAUGUAACUUUCGUAUUAUAACUAAAGAUGCUGGCUCAGGUGGUCUAUCGGUUGCUGUUGAAGGAAGUUCGAAAGCUGAAAUUCAAUGUAAAGAUAAUAAAGAUGGUACAUGUGAUGUUACUUAUUGGCCGACUGCACCAGGUGAAUAUACAAUAACUGUUAAAUUUGCUGAUAAACAUAUUGUUGGUUCACCAUUUACUGCUAAAAUAACUGGUGUACCAUUAUCAGCUGACAAUCGUAAACGUUCACAAGUUAUGGUUGGAAAUCAAAGUGAAAUAAGUUUACGUGUAACUGAAAUCGAUAUACAUGAUUUAACUGCAACAAUACGUUCACCAAGUGGUGUAGAAGAUGUAUGUUUAUUAAAAAAAUUAGCUAAUGGAAGUCUUGGAAUAUCAUUUAUACCAAAAGAAAUUGGUGAUCAUUUAGUUAAUGUUUAUCGUGAUGGUAAACAUAUUAAAAAUAGUCCAUUUCGUAUACAUGUUGGUUCAUCUGAAAUUGGUGAUGCCAAUAAAGUUAAAGUAUUUGGACGAGGCUUAAAAGAAGGUUAUGCUAAUCAAAUUAAUGAUUUUACUGUUGUUACACGUGAUGCUGGUUAUGGUGGUUUAUCAUUAUCAAUUGAAGGACCAUCAAAAGCUGAUAUUGAAUGCCAUGAUAAUGAAGAUGGUUCAUGUCUUGUUACAUAUAGACCAACUGAACCUGGUAUUUAUAUUGUUAAUGUUAAAUUUGCUGAUAAACACGUACCUGGUAGCCCAUUUACAGUUAGUGUUGGUGGUCAUGGAUCAAGUCGACUUCGUGAAAGUAUUAUACGCGAACGUCGUGCUGCUGAUAUAACACAUAUUGGUAGUCAAUGUGAAUUAUCUCUUAAAAUUCCUGGUACAUCAUCGUUUGAUAUGAGUGCUUAUGUUACAAGUCCAACAGGACGUUUAGAAAAUUGUGAAAUUGUUGAACUUGAUGAUUGUAAUUAUUCAAUUAAAUUUAUUCCAAAAGAAAUGGGUGUUCAUACUGUUAGUGUUAAACAUAAAGAUAUGCAUAUACCUGGUAGUCCAUUUGAAUUUACUGUUGGCCCAAUACUAGGUGGUGGUGCUCAUAAAGUUCGUGCUAGUGGUAGUGGCCUUAUACGUGGUGAAGUUAAUUCAACAAAUGAAUUUAAUAUUUAUACACGUGAAGCAGGUGCUGGUGGUCUAGCUAUUGCUGUUGAAGGUCCAGCUAAAGCUGAAAUUGACUUUUUUGAUCGUAAAGAUGGUUCAUGUGGCGUAGCUUAUGUAUGUCCCGAAGCAGGUGACUAUCAAAUUUCAAUUAAAUUUAAUGAUGAACAUAUUCCCGAUUCACCAUUUAAUGUUUCAAUUGUACCACCAUUUGGUGAUGCAAGAAAACUUACAAUACAUAGUCUUAAAACAAAAGGUCUUGACGUUAAUCGACAAUAUACAUUUACUGUUAAUGUUAAUGGUGCACGUGGUCAUGUUGAUGCUCGUAUAAUAGCACCAAGUGGAGUGGAAGAAUCAUGUACUGUACAAGAUAUGGGUGAUGAUCACUACGCUAUUCGAUUUGUACCUAAAGAAAAUGGUAUUCAUUGGAUACAUGUUCGUUUUAAUGGACGUGAUAUACCUGAUUCACCAUUUCGUAUUGUUGUUGGUCAAGCUAAUGCUGAUCCAGGUCGAGUAUUUGCUUCUGGUUCUGGUUUACAUCAAGGAGAAACUGGUCAAGCAUGUGAAUUUUUAAUUGAUACAACAAAUGCGGGUGCUGGUGCAUUAGCUGUUACGGUUGAUGGACCAUCAAAAGUUCAACUUGAUUGUAGAGAAGUAAUCGAAGGUUAUCGUGUUACAUUUACACCAACGGCACCAGGAGAUUAUCUUAUUUCAAUUAAAUUUGCUGGAAUUAAUAUUGCUGGUAGUCCAUUUAAAUGUAUAGUUGGAGGAGUUGGAUAUCCAACAAAUCGUGGAAGUGGUGUAUCAACAAUGACAACAUCAUCAUCAUAUCUACAACGUUCAGACGGAAAACUAACAAGUCAUUCAAGAUAUGAUGCUAUUGAAAAAUCCACGUCAUUUUCAUCGAGUUCAAGAAAUAAUAAUUAUGCUAUUGUCGAUGCAAGUCGAGUACGAGCACAUGGUGAUGGUUUAGUACGAGCUUAUAGAAAUGAAAAAGCAACAUUUACUGUUGAUACACGUGAUAGUGGAAAUGCUAUGUUAAUGGUAGGUGUAUUUGGUCCAAAAUAUCCAUGUGAAGAAGUAUUUAUAAAACAUAUUGGAAAUAAUCAAUAUAAUGUUCAAUAUACUGUACGAGAGAAAGGUGAAUAUAUGUUGAUUGUUAAAUGGGGUGAUCAACAUAUUCCAGGCUCUCCAUGGCAUAUUGAAGUUGUUUAA